AUGCGCUGCGAUGCGCGCACACAGAUGCCGUGCACCCGAUGCCAGACGACCGGCCAUGAGUGCAUCUUGGAUUCCAUUGAUAGCCCCCGGCGGAGCGAACGAACGAGUCACGCAAGCCAGUCGGCACUAAUACGCAGCGGGUUUGAGGCACUUGCAUCAGGAAGCCCGGCCUUGUCCGCGCCAUGUACCACGUCAAUAUCGGCCACAAACAACCAGUCCGGAGGCAUCGAACUCGAACAGUUCAGUCCUCAGGACAUGAUUGCACCUCAGUCAGCAAUGCAUUCGAUGUCUCUGAGCCUUCAGGAGCGUCAUGAUCCGAUAUUUAUGGGCGAGUCCGACGUUGCUGACCCCAGAGGCGAUAUCAUUGCCCGCGGGAUUGUUAGCGAAGAGCAGGCUCGGGGAAUCUAUGAGCGAUUUAUGAACGGGAGUAAAAAUUUUCUACCUCUAUUUGAUCCUAUUCGGGACACCUUUGACUCCAUUCGGUCGCGAUCAUUGUUUUGUUUUACAGUAAUCAUCUACCUAGCUAGUCGGGCAGUUCCCGAUUUACAGGGGAACAUCUACUUGCAGCGGGUACUUCAAGACGAAGCCCAGCGGCUGGCAGAAGAUAGCUUCUUCGAACGGCCGACAAAACUGGAAACAGUCCAGGGAAUGAUUCUUCUGGCAGCCUAUUCUGAAAAGACGUGGUUUUCCACGGCUCUCAUUUUACGAACCGCAUUAGACUCGGGGCUGGAAAAAUCUUUAGAUACGUUGUUGGCCCAUACCCCGACGCCCAGAAGCUACCUUUCUGCUACCAUGGAAGACCGAAAACUUGUCUGGCAGACCCGCACAUGGUUGAUCUCGUUUACUCUGGAGUUAGAUGUGGCAUCCGGUACGGGCAGGAAGUCACGGCUGAAAGAAGUUGACAACGUAAAGUUGCGAAAGUUUUUGGAAUACCCUCUGUCCCUCCCUUCCGACAUGCGGACUGUUUCGAUAAUAGAACUUCACCAGCUUCGAGCCCGAUCGCGACACAUAAUUGAGAGCACUACGGCGGGUCCCCUGACCACAACAGAACUUCCAGCUAUUAUGUGCAGACUUCAGGAGUGGUGGAACAAUUGGGAUGAGAUUCACGGCCAUAAUGGGUUCCAUCCCGGCGCUUUCCAGAGGUCCAGUCUCAAACUGAUGCUUAACUACGCGAAGGUUUUUGUAUUGUGUGUGACGAUUGCACGAAUCCAAAAACUUCAACAGUUAUCAGAUGGCAUCUCGGACGUUGACCCGGAAGUCGUCCUUAACCUUUGGAAGUCAUUGGUGGAGGUCGUCACCAGCCAGCUCAAUUUACUGGUGACCGAGUCGGCAUACCGGUGCCAGAUAACUUGGUCGCCAACAUACCCGGCCCUUACCAUUGCCUUUAUAACAACCUUUGCCAUCCGCCUAACUAGAUGGCACCCUACGCUCCUUGACCAGAACCUCGUUCUACAGCGAGUUCGACAAAUAUGUGAAUACAUUAAACGGCCCCCUUAUCCGGAUAUCCACCGCACGGUCUCCAUAUUCGUGAACUAUGCCGAGGCUCUCUUGGCCGAACGGGGUACACCCGCUAACAAUCCCAGUGUCCAGUCGGGAACUGCCGUACCUUUGUCUGAGGGGUCGAGGCAGCCCGAUGUGACCAACCUGCCGAGGCCAGACUUCGAUCCGACUGAGUUACUACAUGACCAGCUUCGGAGCUCAAAUCUGCGAAGGGACAGGGAUACCGAUGUGACCGCUUCUUCUGAUAAUGGGAGAACAGCAGAUUCACGACCGGAACCUGUUUUGCCAAGAUUACUCGGUGGCAUGAAUGUGCCUAACUGGACCUUGUCGACUUCGAUCGCCGACUCGUUCGACCUGUUUGAGGAAGGACAGACCGAUGUAUUUGACUUUCUUCCCGCAAUGCCCUCAAUGCCCUAG